AAGAAUUUCAGAGUUAUUUACCAAAGAAGGCAAUGAAUUCCGUCGGAGGUUUCCCAUGAAGAAAAUGGAGGUGGAACCAAAAGCCAGCUAUAAAGUGAAAACUUUCCCGUCAAGAUUUAAGAUAGGAUGAAACAAAGAGCUUUUUAAGCAAGAACAGAGAAUAAAAGGGGCAGCAUUUGAGGAGGCAUCAUCACCUCCAAUUCCAUUAACAACAGAGCUCACUGAUGGUGUUCCUCCUUGUGGGCCAUUUCCUCGAUACAAAACUAUUAUUGUUCUCUUCUCCAUUAGCUUUUCCCACCUUUUCUUACUUUGAUUUUCAGUGGACAAACAAUCCAGCUUCAGAUUUACUGGUUGAACUUCAUGAUCGUUGAUUCCCCUCCUCCAAUUUCAACAUGUGGGCUCCGCUCCACUCCCCUAAACAUCAUCUCCCUCACCAUUAAUCUCCAACAGUGCCAAACUUGGGUAAGUAUCAUAUCUCUUUAGUGGAUCGCUUCAUGAUCUGAUCGCAAAAUUAAAGUCGAUCCUCACGUGGAACCGAUGAUAAUCAAACCCCAGAACUCUCUACCCUGUCCUGCACAGUAGUUGUACGACCCUCAUUCCCAUAUGUGUAACCCUUUUUGCUUUGGUUAAAUGAUAGUUUUUUGCAUAUACAAGCAUGGCUGAUGUCUCCAAUCAGAGACAAACUCAUUCCUCCAUAUGAGUUGGGGAGGACCACUGUAGCAUAAAGUCGAGCACAAAGUAUCUAGCAUCCCAUUCUUAAUACCCUCACUCAGUCACUCGCUCACACUCGUGCCUAAGACAUUCUCACGCUCACUGACAGGACACUGACUGAGAAUAACUCUUUUUGAGUCUUGGAUCAAGCAGUGCAAGCUCCCCCAUACUUUCGGUUAAGCCCUGAAGGCACGGAUCCAUGGAUACAAGACUCUGUCUAUGGAGCCCAUCAAACCCUUUUGACCAAAAGUCAGAUCAAGAUCAAUCUCCUCACUCAGAUUUCACACCCUCUCUCUCUCUCUCUCUCUCUCUCUCUCUCAGUACAUCUUCCCCACCCGAUUUCAACCCCAGAUCUUUUUCUUAUUCCUCUGCACGUUCCCUCCUUUAGCAUUUGCGAAAAAACUAUAAGGAGGGAAAAGUGUUCUUUGCCUUCUUUUUCCUAAAGCUUCCCUCCCCUGCUUUGCACCAACAAAGUAUCAUCAUUCUUACACACCCCCUCUCUCUCACUCUCUUGGAGAACCCACUGUUGCUUUCUCUCCCACUCUCACUCUCAUUCUUUCAGAUGUGUUCCAGGAGAGUUAUUUCUCCAAUGGAGACCAGCCCAAUUCAUCUAAUCUACCCUGUACUUUUCAUCGUUGUUGGUCUUGUCUCUGUUUCUGCAGCCGAACAGAGCGCUUCCUCCAUGAAAACGGAUGUGGAAGCCCUGAUCUUGUUCAAGAAAAUGAUCCAGAAGGACUUGAAUGGAGUGCUAUCUGGGUGGCGACUCGAUCAAAAUCUUUGUGCUUGGUAUGGAGUCACAUGUUACUCAGGGAGGGUCACUCAACUCGAUCUUAGCGGCCAGAGUUUUGAAGGGACCGUGUCUUUUGACCCUUUGAGGUCUUUAGACAUGUUAACUGUACUCAAAUUGUCAUCAAACUCAUUCGCUAUCAAUUCAAACUCCUUGCUUCAACUCCCCUAUGGUUUGAAACAUCUUGACCUUUCUUUUGCAGGCCUCUUCGGCCUGGUCCCUGAGAAUUUCUUCUCCAAGUGCCCCAAUCUCAUUGAUGUCAAUCUAGCUUUCAAUAAUUUAACAAGCUCGUUGCCCGAGAAUUUCUUUACGAAGGCUGAUAAGCUUCAGGUUCUCGACCUGUCUUAUAACAAUCUAAGUGGGUCAAUUUCAGGACUGAAGAUCGAGAAUUCUUGUGGUUCUCUGUUGCAACUUGAUCUUUCCAACAACCAGCUCAACGAGUCCAUUCCAAGGUCCUUUUCAAACUGCACCAGCCUCCAGACAAUGAAUUUAGGAAACAACAUGUUCACUGGAGAGAUUCCCCGCUCAUUUGGGCGACUUGCUAGCUUGCAAAAACUCGAUCUCUCUCACAACCAUCUCACAGGGUGGAUUCCUUAUGAGCUGGGAACUGCAUGCAACUCGCUGCUCGAGCUCACGCUUUCCUUUAACAACAUCUCGGGGCCAAUUCCAUCAUCUUUCUCAUCAUGCACAUGGUUGCAGAGCAUUGAUUUGUCUAAUAACAACAUAUCAGGCCCCUUUCCAGAUUCUAUCCUUCGAAAUCUUGGAUCGCUUGAGAGUUUGCUAUUGAGCAACAACAUCAUCUCUGGGCCAUUUCCUGCUUCCCUCUCAUACUGCAAAAAGCUGAGAGUCAUUGAUUUCAGUUCCAACCAGUUUUCAGGUAUCAUACCACCUGAAUUAUGUCCCGGAGCCGCCUCACUUGAGGAGCUAAGAGUUCCGGACAAUCUCAUCACUGGAAAAAUCCCACCUCAAUUAUCUCAAUGCUCACAACUCAAGAAGAUUGAUUUCAGCCUGAACUAUCUGGCUGGCUCAAUUCCAGCGGAGAUCGGGAAGCUUGAGAAUCUGGAGCAGCUAAUCGCGUGGUUCAACGGCCUGGAAGGUGAAAUCCCACCAGAAUUAGGAAAAUGCAGGAACUUGAAGAAUCUCAUCCUUAACAAUAAUCAUCUUAAGGGUGAAAUCCCAACACAACUGUUCAACUGCAGCAAUCUUGAAUGGAUAUCACUCACAAGCAACGAACUGACCGGCGAAAUCCCACGUGAGGUCACGCUUUUGUCAAGAUUGGCUGUUCUGCAGCUGGGGAAUAACAGUUUGAGCGGUCAGAUCCCAUGGGAGCUGGGAAAUUGCAGUAGCUUGGUGUGGUUAGACUUAAACAGCAACAAAUUAACAGGAGAAAUACCGCCACGACUGGGGAGGCAGCUCGGAGCAAAAGCAUUGGCUGGUAUUCUUUCUGGAAACACUCUUGUAUUCGUAAGAAAUGUGGGCAAUACAUGCAAGGGUGUAGGAGGUCUGUUGGAAUUUGCUGGAAUUAGACCUGAAAGGUUGUCGCAAAUACCGACAUUGAGAAAUUGUGACUUCACAAGAAUGUACUCAGGUCCAAUCCUUAGCAUGUUCACAAGAUACCAGACGGUGGAAUACCUGGACCUUUCUUACAACCAGCUCCGAGGGAAGAUCCCAGAAGAGUUUGGGGACAUGGUAGCUCUGCAGGUUCUCGAGUUAUCGCACAAUCAGCUAUCUGGAGAAAUUCCUUCAUCGCUUGGCAGACUUAAGGAUUUAGGGGUGUUUGACGCAUCACACAAUCGACUGCAAGGCCAGAUUCCAGAUUCGUUCUCAAACUUAUCUUUCCUGGUCCAGAUAGAUCUCUCCUACAAUGAUUUAACAGGGCAAAUCCCACAGAGAGGACAACUAAGUACACUUCCUGCCAGCCAGUAUGAACACAAUCCAGGACUUUGUGGGGUUCCAUUAGUUGAAUGUCAGAAUAACGAUCCAGAAACAAACCCGGAUGGGGCCGUGGGCACGAAAAAAAGAGCAAAGCCAGGGACUGCAUCGUGGGCUAACAGCAUCGUCCUCGGAAUUCUACUUUCUAUUGCCUCCAUUUGUAUCUUGACUGUAUGGGGGGUAGCAAUGCGUGCAAGAAGAAAAGAGGCAGAGGAAGUGAAGAUGCUGAAGAGCUUACAAGCAGCGCAUGCAGCCACAACAUGGAAAAUUGACAAGGAGAAAGAGCCACUGAGCAUCAAUGUCGCAACCUUCCAGAGGCAGCUGAGGAAGCUGAAGUUCUCCCAGCUAAUCGAAGCCACUAAUGGCUUCUCGGCAGCAAGCCUCAUCGGUUGUGGUGGGUUCGGCGAAGUGUUCAAGGCUACAUUGAAAGAUGGCUCAAAUGUCGCGAUAAAGAAACUCAUAAGAUUGAGUUAUCAGGGCGACAGAGAAUUCAUGGCAGAGAUGGAGACAUUGGGGAAAAUCAAACACAAAAAUCUAGUGCCUCUUUUGGGUUACUGCAAGGUGGGAGAGGAGAGGCUAUUAGUAUACGAGUUUAUGGAAUACGGUAGCCUAGAAGAGAUGCUUCACGGGAGAGUCAAAACUCAAGACCGGAGAAUACUUACAUGGGAGGAAAGGAAAAAGAUAGCGCGAGGGGCUGCGAAAGGACUGUGCUUCCUACACCAUAACUGCAUCCCCCACAUCAUACACCGGGACAUGAAAUCAAGCAAUGUAUUGUUGGACCACGAUAUGGAAGCAAGAGUUUCUGAUUUCGGAAUGGCCCGGCUUAUAAGUGCUCUCGACACGCAUCUAAGUGUAAGCACGCUAGCUGGCACACCAGGUUAUGUCCCACCAGAGUACUACCAAAGCUUCCGAUGCACGGCCAAAGGAGAUGUGUAUUCGUUGGGUGUCGUCCUCUUGGAACUCUUGACUGGAAAGCGCCCGACUGACAAGGAGGAUUUUGGGGACACCAACUUGGUGGGGUGGGUGAAGAUGAAAGUGAGAGAAGGGAAGCAGAUGGAAGUCAUAGACCCGGCACUGCUUUCGGCAACCAAAGUCCCAGAGGAAGCCGAAGCGGAAGCGGAAGUAGUGAAGGAGAUGGUGAAGUACAUGGAGAUAACACUGCAGUGUGUGGAUGAUUUCCCUUCCAAGAGGCCAACCAUGUUGCAGGUGGUGGCCAUGUUGAGAGAGCUUGUGCCUGGCUCCACAAACGGAAGCAGCAACAGCACCUGAAACAUCAUGAACUGCUGAUGUUAUCUUUCUUACUGUUUAUUGUAAGAUGAUAGUGCCUGUAUGUUUUAUUCAUAUGUUAAGAACCAAGAUGAGAUCUUUUUAAUGUAUCAAAUUCACAACAAUUCCAAUCUGAUGACGAACGUUGAGUGCC